UGACAUUUGACAAUUUACGUAGUAAUUUUUUUGGUUAUUUUAUAUUAAAAAUUUGAAAACUUUGAUACUAUUAUUAAUUACACAAAUUUUAGGAGAGAUAAAUAUGUCUUCGGUGUUGUUUUCGCUUCCAGAAUUGUAUAAUUCGUACAAAUCAUGGGUAAGCCAAAAUCCAAAAACACUAGGAGACUGGGAAAGCAUAGCCAAGUGGACGUCUUAUUUUCUAGCAGGACGAAUAAACAAUUCACAAAUACUAUCCGAGUUAAUAUAUUGCCUCUCUAAUUUACUAGUAAUGUUUAACGAUAGAAUAAUUAAGAAAGCCAACGAACUCCAUGAUUGUCAAUCUACUGUGGAGAAAAUCAAAUUAUGGCUCACUGUUGUUGAAUAUUCUGAGGUGUUUUGUGAAUUAUCAGCUCGAAAAAUUUGGGGCUCCACUGGAAAAUGGGUUGUUAUAAUAUGCAUACAAAUAUUCAAAUGCAUAUCUAGAAUGCUUUUGAUUUUCCAUUACAAGGAGUCGAUAAUUCAAAAUCCUCCUAUUCCUGUAUUGGACAGAAAAAAUGCAUUGAUUACUGGAGAACAUAGCACGUCCCUUGUAACAGAACCUAAUUUUGAGUCUAUAACGUUUACUCUUAAACGAUCAGGAAGAGUUGUGAGAAAAAUAGAUUCAUCUCCACCCACAAUCGGAAGAGAUUGGAAACCUUUGCCAAAGCCAUCAUUUUUCCAACCGGAAGGAAAUCAGUCGAUUAAUUCUAUCUUAGCGAAAAGAAUGUUAAUCGCCGAGACUAUUUAUGUUAUCAAACCAAUAGCUCAUUUAGCUUCAUUAGCUUGUUUCGGAACUAAAACGUGGAGGCCCUGGGUUAUAUCUUUAGCUUUAGACGUUGCAAGUUUGGAACUGUACAGGUCGUGUACCAAGAAGAAUAAGCAGUCAUUGACGAAGCAACAACGUUUGCAAAUUUCCAAAAGAACUGUGUUACUUUUAUUGUACGUUUUGAGGUCUCCAAUGUACGAUAAACACAGUAAAGACAGGUUACAUUCCUUCUUGAUGGCUCUGAGUAAUGUUCCUUUAGCUGGAUUAGUGUGCAAGCCCUUGGCCGAGUAUUUACCUUUCUGGCAAAGUACCUAUUUCUACAUGUGGUCUACCUAGGUUAAGGAUUAUUUAAUGCUUAUGGUGUAGUUAUUAAUUGUUAAAAAAAAUUUACAUAUCUUUGUUUCUAGGUUAACGUGUAACUAGAUUUUAACGAUUUUUGAUUUUUUUUAAUAGGUGAUUAAUAGAGAGGUACAAAAGUUUUGUGAUUUGCAGGGAUUUCAAGGUAGU